AUAGUUUCUCCUCAUCAGCCAAAUUCUGUAUAACAUUUAAACUGAAACGCUCGCUUUCUUCGAUAAUCAAUUGGGAAAUAACUGGCGAUUAUAUCUCCAGCACACGUUUACUUCGGCAAUUUCGAUUUUACAUUUAUUCUCGCUAAUCAUCCCUUUCUCUCUUAUUCGGCUUUCUCGUCAUUCGGCCCUCUUUUUUUCCAGCACAACUUUAGUCUUCAUAUAAAGUUUCAAACAUGGCAUCUGGCUCAACAUCUGGUCUAUCGGCGUCAGUCACGCGCAUUUUGUCUUUGACAGGCUUUGCAAAAGAGCUCAAGACCAAAGAUAUCCAAUCUGCAUUUUCGGAAUGGGAGAAUAUUGGUGGAGGGUUCAAGAUUAAAUGGCGAGACGAUACAAGCCUCUUGAUCGUUUUUCAAGAUGCUUCAGUUGCAAAACGAGCAUAUCUCCACACGCUCGCGUUCCCUCCUGCCAUCCUUACUACCGGCAGUUCCGCUACCAUCAAACCAUAUGAUGGGCCUGACGCCCAAACUGUCAUUCAAACAGUAAACACUAGGGGCCACACAGGCAAUGCUUCUCGCGGUCACAAUUUACGCGCUGCCUCCAUUUCUGUUUUCCCGAGCCGCAGUGCCAACAGUAGUCAGAACGGCAAUGGAUUACGCAACGGGAACGGCCAGAAUAACCACGUGCUGAAUACUACUAUUUCGGAGCAUUCACCAAGGCUCACCAACGGGCGUGAGCCUUCUCCGACCCUUCCGACCCUCCCUUCUCACCCAUCUCUCAAUGACCUCAUAAAUUCAGCCGUGUCACACGAUGAUCCCGCUAUUCUUCACGCGGAAGGCCCACCAAAGAUUGGAGAUCCAGGGAAAAGAAUGUUGGGUGCUGCUCUAGGUGUGAGACACCCUGCACUGGGACCGCGAGUCAUUAAUGGAAGUCACGUCACGGGAGGUGUAAGUCCCGGUACUAGCCCCAGGGGCAAUGGACUUGAUUCAACCAUGAGGGACAUGCAGAGGGCAAUGGGAGGGCUGACUGUCGCCGAGUGAAUAAUACACCAUGUCCGAAGAUGUGUCUUCGGAUCUGCAUCGUGGCGUUUCAAUUGAGUACGUUGUAAUUGAUGUUUUUCGUGGCUGAUACGCAUCCCUUGAUGGCAUAAUUGGAGGUUUUCAUAUUUUUUUUUUCUGUUUCUUUGUGCUAUUAGUUCCUGCAUUCCUCGUGUCACCAUACGUAGUCCCUCGUUUUCGAAUGUUUUUUUGUGCGAUUACUGCACAUUCUAGGCCACAUCAUAUUGACUGUGUGAUAUACGCCAGGGUGUUCCCUGGACCUAAUACAAUAUUGGAUAUUACUUUUAAACUCUAGAAAUAUUAGUCAUAAAAAUAGCGGGUCUGUGCCCGCAGUUCC